AUGCCAUGGACAGAGACGGAGACAGAGACUGAGAGCUUGAAGCCACCAGCAGCCAUAUUAAAGACAACAGACUACGAACAAGGCACCGAUUUGACCUCAAAAGCUCCCAGCGUUGACAAUAUCAUGGCCGAGAUCCACCGCAUCAACGACCCAGAGGCUUGGCAGGGCGAAGGGCUAAGCCAGCUGCCGUUUUAUAUGCCCGACGAGUGCGAUCCGUGGUGGCAUAACACCAUCCUGGUGCCGAGGGCGGCCUUUUGCGACCGAUUCUGGGUCAAUGACUGUCCGUCUGAGCAGAGGAUGGACGAGUGGCCAGAGUACUAUUGA